UCGAGCCGGGUCCAGGGUCAGAUGGGCCAUUUUGCUCUCAAUGCGAGGCUUGCGAUUAUUCUCACUUCCAUGCACCAUCCAUCGACCUGCACUGAAUAGACUUUCCUUCUAGACUAUCUCCUUCGUCACCGGUCGUCCUGCGAUUUUACCCUGGUCGAUUCGAUAACUAGAAUCCCAACAGCCAACCAUUUCGAUCGUCGAUCCGCUUUCCAAUCUUGACAUUCGACCGCUGCAAACCACAACUCGACGAUGUGUAAUUACUAGGACUCUUCACUCGACGACUGCACCCUCGACUUACUGUCCUCUAUCUACCGCCGCCGCAUCGCAAAUCGCAUGACCCGACAGCCCAAACCUGCUUCAUCCUCUACCACCACUGCCUCUCGACCAACGACAUCCGCAGCAAGCACUGUGCAGAUCGGUAGUCGCAAGGCCACCAACUCGACGACGAUGGCCUCAUCACAAUCUUCCUCCUCAUCCUCGCCCUUCCAGUCCCUCACGAAGUGGCUCUCGUUGAAGCUCUACCAAGUGGAGGUGACGUUUAGCGUCUACAUCUUCACGCCGCUGGAAAAGUUCAUCUUCUGGUCCUUCGUCUUCCUCCUCUUCUCCCUGACCGCCAUCGCCACGAUCCUCUACCUGCCCCACCACAUCAUGUUCCUCGCCGGCCGCGCCUGGUUCUACAUCCACGGCGACUCGGCCGUCGAGGCCGCCCGCGAGACCGCCCGCUCCCUCGCCGAGAAGGCCGCCGGUGCCGCGGCUGCUGCCACCACGACGCCCGUCGCCCAGGCCAUCGCCACCGAGAUGGCACAGGCGUUUGCCGAGGGCGCCGGGGCAGCCAGGGCCGAGCUGUAGGGUGGCUUUGCUUCUUGUGUUUGGGUAGUUGCGUGAAAAAGGGGCACCUUCCCCGGGUCCUGCACUAGGUCGGCGGAUGGCCUGGGGUGUCUGCCCCAGGGGGCUCGACGGACCACCUAGGCUUCAUGGUGAUUACCUGAUAGGGGAACGGUCGGGGCUGGUGCGAGAGAACAUGGCCUGCCCAUGUCGAAUCCUCUGUCUUGGACUUGUAUACAUACUCUUAGAGAUGGGUUCAAGCCGUGAGUCCUCUUCUUGAUGUCUCACGAAUACAAUAUUUGCAGCUAGAGCAGAUCGCAAUUCUGCAUAGCAUAGCAUGUCAUGAUAUAGAUACGUUACUUAAUGUUUAGACUGUGGUCUCAGGACCAUUAUGAAAGGAAAGCUACAAUGCUCUUGUUCUCAG